AUGUUGUGGGAGAGAGGCGUGGGAGACUGCCAAGCUGCGUGCCACCAUUGCUUGCCAAUUUCAUGUUACAAAGAGCGGAUUUGCUUGCAGGCUCGAUUGAGAAGGGUAAGAUGCUGGUUUAUGUCUGGCAGCUCGGAACUGCUGAUGUGUUGUUUCCUUGUGACCAUCGCAAUGUUUGCUCGCCUGCAGCAUUUUGCUCAUCACUUACACUCCGAAGCUGAGUGUACUUGCUCUCUCAUGUCCUUAGUGGGUGGUGACCGAGUGGAGAUUCGUGGCGAGGGCGGCCCGCAAGCCGACAAGGAGGUGCUGCUUGGCACUGUCCGCUUCGUCGGCGAGGCGGCCUUUGCCCCCGGCGAGUGGCUCGGCUUGGAGCUUGACCGCCAGGUCGGCAAGAACAACGGCAGUGUGAAGGGCAAGACGUACUUCCAGUGCGAGCCAGGGCACGGGAUCUUCGUUCGCCCGCACUGCGUGACCAAGGUCUCUGCACGGAUCCAAGCCUGUUGA